AUGAAACGAUUGGUUGCUUUCGACCUUGACGGCACUCUCGCCGAGAGCAAGCAGGCCCUCGACGAUGAGAUGGCUGCCAUCCUCGGCCGUCUCAGUCACGUCGCCGACAUUUGCGUAAUCUCUGGCGGCGACUGGCCCCAGUUCGACAAGCAGGUCGCCAGCCGUCUGCCCGACAGCACCAAUCGCUCACGCUUCUGGCUGAUGCCCACCACAGGGACGAAACUUUAUCGCUUCGAGAACGACAAUUGGGUGCGGAAGUACGCUGAUCUGUUUAGCGACGAGGAAAGAGCCCACAUCAUCAAGGAGCUGCGAGCCUCCAUUGACCGCCUCGGUUUCACGCCCACCGAGAUCUGGGGAGAGCAGAUUGAAGACCGCGGAAGCCAGAUUACGUUUUCUGCCCUUGGACAGCAGGCGCCCCUUGGUCCCAAGGAGAGCUGGGAUCCUAAGCAGGAGAAACGACGCUUGGUUCAGAAAGACCUUCAGCCUAUCCUUCCAGAUGUUUCCGUUCGUAUUGGGGGUGCGACCUCUAUAGACAUCACCCGCGCAGGUGUCGACAAAGCGUACGGCAUGGAACGCCUGUCCGAGCUAUCCGGGAUUAAAAAGGCAGAGAUCCUUUUCUUUGGAGACGCUCUUUACCCUGGCGGAAAUGAUGCGCCAGUAAGAGACACCGCAGGCAUUGAUUCUGUCCAGGUCUACAACAUCGAGCAAACAAAGCGAGCUCUUGAGGCUGUCAUUCUGUGCCUAGCCUAG